UUAAUAAGGAGGUUCAUGUUGUACGAAGUGAUAAUGGAAAAGAGUUCAUUGCACUGAAAAAAUAUUUUAAUGAUUAUGGAAUAAUUUUUCAAUCCACCUGUGUGUAUACACCGCAACAGAAUGGGCGUGUUGAAUGAAAGCACCGGCAUAUUCUGGAAGUUGCUAGGGCAUUACGUUUUCAUGCUAAUUUGCCUAUUCAUUUUUGGGGGGAAUGUGUGUUGGCAGCGGCGUAUUUGAUUAAUAGGUUACCUAGUCGCCUUUUGCAUCACAAAAGCCCUUAUGAAAUCUUGUACAACAAAAUUCCGUGUUAUAAUAAUCUCCGCGUGUUUGGAUGUUUAUGCUACGCUCAUGAUAAAAAUACACUUGGUGAUAAAUUUGCACCGCGUGGUGUUAAGUGUGUUUUUCUUGGGUACUCCUAUUCUCAAAAGGGAUGGAAAGUUUUUGAUCUUGAAAAUCAGAAGCACUUUGUAUCCAGAGAUGUUCGGUUCUUCGAGGCUCAAUUUCCGUUUGGGUCUGAAAAACCAUGCUGCGUGGCUGACUUGGACGACCAUCCAGAAGGUGUUGACUCUCACCACACUCAAGAAUGGGCUCGGCUGACAGAAGAUAAGGACACCCAUGAUGAUGAUGUUAGGGCCAUGACACCAGGAAACACGGAUGAAGCUACUGUUCUUCCACCACAUUCCUCUUUUGCUGACACUGCACCUCAUCAAUCCAAUGAGGCUCGGUCCACUCAAUUGGCUCCUACUCCCAACAUUUCGGCUGCAGAUGACAUAGAACCCACUCAGGACUCUCUUCCCUUGCGACGGAGCACUCACACACGUGCAGCACCAAUUUGGCAGAACGAUUAUGACAUUCAAUUAAAUACUGUGAAACUAGCUGACUCCCCCAGUCAACUGCCUACUACGAUCGUCCACUCAGGUACGCCCUAUCCCUUAUCUGAUGCUGUAAAUUAUGAUCGUUUUUCUGUGCAGCAUCGAGCCUUUCUUGCGGCAAUUAGUGCUAAUCGUGAGCCACAGACGUACAAGGAAGCAGUUCUUUCCCCUCACUGGAGGGAGGCUAUGCAACGAGAAAUAGAUGCGCUUGAGCGCACCGGGACAUGGCAAGUUGAAAAAUUACCUCCUGGCAAGCGAGCUAUAUACUGCAAAUGGGUCUACAAGAUUAAAUACAAGAGUGAUGGAUCCAUUGACAGAUACAAAGCUCGUCUCGUGGUGUGUUGAAACCGACAGGUCCAAGGCAUCGAUUAUCACGAGACUUUUGCCCCGGUUGCUAAAAUGGUGACGGUACGCACUGUUUUAUCUGUUGCAGCAGCACGUGACUGGGAAUUGCACCAGAUGGAUGUUGAGAAUGCAUUUUUGCAUGGCGACCUAGGCGAAGAGGUAUAUAUGCAUUUUCCACCUGGCUAUUCGGCAUCUGAUUCCGGGAAGGUAUGUCGUUUACUAAAAUAACUUUACAGGCUACGCCAAGCACCCCGGUGCUGGUUUUCUAAACUUCGGCAAGCUCUUCGUUCUUAUGGAUUUAUCCAGUCUGGUGCUGAUAAUACUCUUUUCACCUUUCGUACAUCUGGAAAAAUCAUGUGCAUUUUGAUUUACGUGGAUGACUUGUUAAUCACCGGAAAUGACCAUCAACUCAUUCUUGAUUUCAAACUUUAUUUGGGACAACAUUUUCCUAUUAAGGAUUUGGGUUCUAUGAAAUAUUUUCUUGGCAUUGAAAUAGCACGUAAUCCUACUGGUAUAUUUUUGGGUCAGAGGAAAUACGUAAUGGAUAUUUUAUCUGAAACGGGACUUCUGGGAGCCAAACCGGUGUCUUUUCCUAUGAUCCAAAAUCACGGCCUUCAACUUGAUGAUGGUCCACUCUGCGAGAAUCCUGAACAAUAUCGCCGGUUAGUUGGGAAGCUUAUUUAUCUCACCCUCACCCGACCAGAUAUUAGCUAUUCUGUGCAUAUUCUUUCCCAAUUCAUGGAGUGCCCGCGUAUAGCACACUAGGAGGCUGUCGUUCGAGUGUUGCAGUAUCUUAAGGAACACCCAGGUCAAGGGAUAUUUUUACGUCGUGACUCCGACCUUUCUUUAACGGGAUUUUGUGACUCAGACUGGGCAAGUUGCCCAACUACCCGGCGGUCAAUCUCUGGAUAUUUUGUCAUGUUGGGUUCCUCACCUAUCUCUUGGCGAACCAAGAAACAAAACACUGUUUCAAGGUCCUCAGCUGAAGCGGAGUAUCGGUCCAUGGCUCUUCUGACUUGUGAGCUACUUUGGCUCAAGAGUUUGCUCUCGUCACUUGCGGUUUGUCAUUCUCAACCCAUGCGGUUGUUUUGUGACAACCAGGCGGCCCUUCAUAUUGCCUCUAACCCAGUCUAUCACGAGCGUACCAAACAUAUUGAAAUAGACUGUCACUUCUUGCGGGACCAUAUUAGUUCUGGGGCUAUUCUCCCUUCUCAUCGGUCCACUACCGAACAAUUGGCGGAUGUCCUCACUAAGGCUAUAGGUCAACGACAGUUCACCUACUUAUUGUCCAAGAUGGGUAUUCGGGAUCCUCAUAGCCCAUCUUGAGGGGGGGUGUUAGACGCAUAUGCAUGCUACGUAUCUUGCCGCGGAAGUCUUGCCUUAUUAUUAGCGGAUAUCAAGUUGUGAAUAUAUUGUACAUUUAUUUUAGUUUAUUUCUUUCCUUCUUAGUAGGAGAUUUUAAUGGACUAGAAUUGUAUAUAUGUAUUCCUUCGGCAUAUUGAAUGAACAAGAAAAAGAUUUCCUUCUCUUUAGCGUGUAGUUUUUACAUAAAUGAAAGUCAAUGACAGUCGUCGCAUGUUUGUUUAUUGUAAAAA